AUGGAUGCCAUCAAGGAGUGGCUGACGAAGCAUGGCUAUUCGGAUUUGCUGGAUUGGGCUUCGCAUGAAGGCCUGGAAACGGUGGAUGAUUUAGCCUUCUUCUUUACUGACACGCAUGUGCCGACAUCAGAGCCGCUCAAGGCUGCUUGGGUACAGGCAAGAGAGUGCAGAUCAGAUGGUUAUGUCAUUGCAAAAGACUUGCUGCAAGUCGGUCACAUAGCGUGCGGCCCACGGAUGCGCAAGCCUCAUGUGCGUGCUAAAGCGACGCAAGGUAUGCUCAAACCACUCACUGUAAAGGUUGAUUUCAUUCAGCGCCAGUUGCAAGUAAACCGAGCCAUUCAGUUGUCAAUGUCCUGGGCGCCAGCAUUUGGUGUCAAAGCUGGAGUGGUCGAUGAAGCCAUGUUGCAGCGACGUGUCAAGUCAUUGUCUGCGCGUCUAUUGGGAUUUGAGCCGCGUACGGUGAAAGCUGCGCUAGCUGAGUGGCAACGAUUGUGGAGCCAUGUCCGCAGUCAAAAUCCGCCCAGCGCAGCUCUUCAGUUCGGGGCUGGCGUCCCGGCAGUUCUUGUAGAAGAUUACAUCAACAUCUCCUCCGAAGGAAAAGGGACAUCUGUGCCGAAGGCAUGCUACGAUCGCUUGGCCUGGCUUGCCCGACACUUGCAAGCGCCUCUUGAUAUGGAAGCAGUUCCUGUGCCCCGCACUGUGCACCAGGCGGAGCUGCGCGAUUCUGGGGAGCGAGGGCAGGCUGUGCCGCUGGAGCCUUUUAUGGUGGGUUUCCUCUGCAGCCGUGCGCAAGAGGCCAGAACUCAGCAACUGGCAUCAGCGUGCGUCUUGUCUGUGAUGGUGGUCUUGGCGUUCAUGCCGCUGCGAUAUCGACAUGCUUUGCGCAUGGUGCCGGUCAGUAGGGCUCCAAAGUGGGUCUGUUUCUGGGUUUUUCGUGGUAAAGGCAGAAUCAAUGGCAUCAGGAAAGGAUUCAGUUGGUUCGUGCCGAGAUUGCCGGUGCUGGAAGAGUCAUUGCGCUGCAUCUGGGAUGGAUGGCACAGCACGCAAGCUUUGCCUUGCUACCAGGCAAGCCCGCCUGUUUUCAUUUGCCACAUUGAUGGUCGCGCUGUGUCCCUGUCUCAGUUCAAUGACAUGGCGCAGCGACAGCUGGCAGAUGUCUUGUGCGCGGAUUCGCCGCCCGUGUCUUCGUACUCCUUCCGACGCUGCGCUCCCACAGCGCUAGAUUGCCGCGGUGCCCCAUGGCCUGAGCGCUUUGAUGUGGGAGGGUGGCAGAUGGACGAGGCGGCAAUUCGCGAUCGCAGGGCAACCAGAAAUUCCAUGCCUUUCCGCUAUAGUGGCCAGCGCGAGGGGAACGAAGUGCAGAGCAAGGCGCUUCACGCUUUGACGUUCGCUGCUUCUUUGGAGGCGAACGUGUCGUCCUGGCAGGAUUUUCGGGCUUGGUGGACACGUCAGCCAGCGGCCACGGUGCAGUCCUGGCAAGAGGAGGCAGCAACCUACGCGGACUUCUCUGCGAAGGCGGAGUUUGCAGCACGGGCCCCAGGUCACCUGAAACACAUGGAAAAUCGAAGGUAUGUGCCUCGCCAGCCUUCUUUGCAGCCAUCGCGACCAUGUGGGAAGCGUGUCUUUGAUCCUCAGAGUUGGGUGUCAGCGGGCCGACGCGGCGCUCUCAUGCAUCUGUGCCGCGCGGAUGCUGUGGGCCCUGUAUGCUCAUGGCGUCAGAAGCUGAAGAACGGCGUCUUCAAAGGAAAAGCUUUGAGGUUUGACUCCUUGUCUGAGGCGGUCAGUGCAGAUCGUCCUUUUUGUACAGCUUGCGUUUUCUUGUUGCCAGAGCAUCUAAAGAGCCAGGUGGUUUCAGCGCAAGAAAUCAAGAAGCGUACUGAAGACUCCUUUUUUUCUUGUAGCUUCGUAGUGGCCUUGUUCUUUGAGCAGCGCUCGCUCUCAGCCAGUAGCAUGGCUCUGACAGUGGCAGACCUGCAACCCCCAGCACAGCCUGCGGAUGACCCUUCCGAGCUCUUCAAGGAGCUGUGCCUCAAGUUCAAUGUCAAUGAAAAAGUCGGCGCCUUCUUAGUCAAUGAGGGAUGCCGUAGCCUUGAAGACUUUGCCAAGUUCGUCACGAAUGACGAUGAGGUUAGGGUCCAUGUGAUUGACAAAGUGCAGGAUUUGUCGAACAAGGGCGUGCAAACGGCUAGAGUUCGCAAAGCCUGGGCGGCAGUAGUCGAAGCUGUCCAGAAAGCAGCUGACAAGAAGCGCAAAGGUCUCGAAACCCCUGAGCUGGAAGCUUUGUUGGGCACAGAAGAGCUUGAGUCUCUUCACGUUGCCUUUUGGGGGCGCUAUCGGAUGAGGUAUCCGGCAGCUCGCACGCCGUCAGAUUUGCUGGUGUCAAAUCUCAAUCGCCUUUUCAAAAGCAGACUCCUCACCAUUCACAAAGUCCUCAAAGUCAAAUCGUUGGCAGCACAGCUCAGCGGUGAAAAGAAGCGCACCAAGGUCACGGAGGGUGUGCACAUUGUCCAUGCUGAAACGGUAGAGGACCAUGUCGAAGAAAAUGUAGCCAAUUUUUUGAUCCAGCUGGAGAUGCUGAUGGUGGCUUUCGCUAAAGCAGGCACGUUUGCGCCGCCUGAUGUCCCGACUUCUCCUGAAGAUGUGCAUUCUGACCCAUGCAGCUAUGUUUUUUGCCCGCUGGAUGUUUGCAUGGCGCAUUUUCAUAGGGUGCAGAAGUAUGUCAUGUCAAUGCCCGUGAGCCGCUUGCCAGAAAUCGUGACCAAAGAAGAGGAGGACAGGGCUCUCUGGUGUGAGCGGUUUCGGGGCAGCAAGCGCACGAUCGGCGCCGUCAUUCGAGAAGUCUACACUGAGAGGCAAGCAGUGUGGAGUUUGCCAAGCUCAGCUGACGUGCCACCUCCGCCUGCUGCGGAGCUUGAAAGCACCAGGAAGUCCAAGACUGUUUACUAUGCUACUGCGCUGAAGGAUGGCAAAGCCAUCUGCCAGGAUUGGAACCGUGGCCAGUGUGUCAAGUCGGGCCCUUGCCCCAAGAAGCAGCUGCACGUGUGCAAUGUGCAGGUAGGCGAGGGCGGGCCAGAGACUUCGCUUGGGGCCAGUCUGCAGUCUGGCAGUUGUGCCGCCGCGUUGCCACCAGCAGUCCAGCUGGAGUUUUGCCAGGAAGCCAUUGUCAGUGGUUUCCGCUUCAUGUUUCCGAGAGAAGCGCUGCAUGGCUUUGCAUUGCCCAUGCUGCAAGAUUUGUUCAACCAUCCGUUUUUCACGUUGUUUCACCAAUGGACUGCCGAUCAUCGAGUGGAUGUCAACACAAGUCACCUAACAGCAACUGCCAAGGUUCAGCCAAGCUUGGGAUUGCAGACAACAGUCCUGGCCCAAAAAGGUGCGUUGCCCAGCAAAGUUCUUCCUCACCAAAGCAAGGAAGCCCUAUUCCGAGCAUGCUGUAAAGCAUCCCAUGAGGAGAGGUUGCCGUUUGAUGAUUUGGCAUGCUCUGCAGAUUUUUCUUUUGCGGCGUGGUGUGCCAUUCAUUGCUUGCCGGUUUUGCGAGACCACCGCAAGUUAGGCCGCGACCUGCUGCAGGAAUUGUCGCGCCGCUGCCAGCCCCUAUCCCGCCAUUUGCGAAAAUUUUUGCAUCCGUCAAUCAACAGUGUGGCAGGGCACAUCCAUGUUGGGCUUAUUGCUGCCUUGAUAAUCCUCAUGAAGUGGCCGGACAGGACUCUGCCUCUGGGAUUUUUGCAAGGCUUUGCGUUGAUUGGUCAGCUUGAGACGGUCAGCAUCUGGACAGCAGUUGAUGAGGUUCCCGACAUCGAUGAGGCCACCUUGUGUGGCACAGGCCCAGCCGUGUUGCAGCAGUACGGCCGGAGACAUUUUGACCAGGAUGAGCUGCAAUUCCUUUGGGCCAGUUGCCAGAAGGAAGUGGCCAAUGGCAAAGCGGGCGCGCCUGUAACCGUGGAGUCGCUGGAUGUGGAAUAUGGCAAAGACUCUUGGUCUGUAGUGCCUGCCUUUGUGCAUACUCAGCCGGACGGGAAGCGCAGAGCAGUGACCAUGUUGCAGAGCACCCGCCUUUUCACAGCUGCAGAAGAUCUGCCGGAGGCGUACCGCAUUUUGCCAGUUCAUCCUCGGCAUCUCAGACACAACAACGUGGCUGUGCAACAUCCCCAAACAAAAGAGGUUCAUGUCUUUCCAUGUUGGGCCUUGUUGUUUGGAUUUGCCGCCAGCGUUUUUCAGUUUGAGAGAUUUUCCUUUUUCUUGGAGGCGGCUGGGAGGCGAGUCCUGCAUCUCAUGGUGAGCCUCUACGUGGACGACAGCCAUUUAGAUGAUUUGGAGUGUGCAGGAGGGCAUGGGCAAGCUCUGUGGAAAGAGUUGGCCACUGAGUGCGGCCAGUCCUUUAAAGAAGCCAAGGCUCAAGACCUCGCGCUGCAAAACGAUUUUUUGGGUAUUUCUCAUGACACCAGCGCUGCCUUCAGUUCAUGGACUGUCUCCUUUCAUGCCAAGCAGAGCCUUGUGGACAAAGCUGUUGGGUUGAUUCGCGCAAGGAUGGCUGCAGGCCGCACGACCCCUGCGCAGGCCUCCAAGAUUCGAGGCGUUUGCGGCUUCAUUGCCCUCGCGCAGUGGGGGCGUGUUGGUCGUGCUCCAUUUGGCCCCUUGCGCCGCAGGCAGUACAGUGACAAGCAUCCGUGGGACAAUUCGCGGGAGCUGUGCAGGGCGUAUAAUUUGCUCCUGAUGCUUUUGGAGUUCCAUGUGCCUAGAACAGUCAAAGUAACAGCCAGUGCGCUUGGUUUCCUGGUUGUGGCCUCGGAUGCGCAAGCUGAUUCAAACCCUUCGGGCGGUGUGCUGAUUUACGACCCUGUGACAGGUCACAAAGUGGGGGGGCACUUGCAAUUUCAGCAGCAACUUCUGGAAGCUUGGGGGUAUUCUCCUGCAGCGUUGCGGGCUGGAGCAAAUCCCAUAGCUUUGUGUGAGUGCUGCAUGUUGCCAAUUACCCUCAUGAAUUUUCGGAAUAUCUUCGCAGGAAGAGACGUUUUAUGGCUGUGCGACAACACGACUGCACUCUAUUCCAUUGUCAAGGGCACAGCUAGGGGUCCGCAGCUGGAUUGCAUCGUUGCGGUGUUUCAUUUUCUCUUGUAUUUCCUCAACGUCCGAUGCUGGCUCGAGUGGGUGGGCAGUAACAGCAAUUAUUCGGAUGGAAUCAGCAGAGAAUUGGACAAGGAUCCUUUCAGCACAGCUCAUGGCUUCGAGCUUCGGCCGAUGUGGUGCCCGCAAUCCUUGUGGUUCCAACCCUUGCGGGUGAUGUGGAAACGUUGUCAGCAGUUUGAAGUUAGUCACGUCUGA